GAAGCAAAGAACCAAAUCCGGAGUGAAUCAUACAGUAAUUCACGUAACUCCGCAUUACUUACUGCUGCUACUCAAAUCGGCAGUGUUGAAUCUGGAGCAGAGUGUUGUGAAACCGGUGGGAGGGAAUUGAGUGUUGAAGAUCCAUACGCGGGGUUUUGUAUUGCAGACCGGUGGGUAUUAUGGCUCUCGUUUGAUUUCAGGAACUCGACUCCGCAGAGUGGAAAGUUCGAAACUUGGAGAUCGGAGGAGUAGGGGAAGACUGGGUCUGCUCAAUUCACUCACGCCCUUGGAUUGUAAUGGCAAGCAAACUAGCCUCUGGGGACAACCGGACUAGAAGGUCCGUAUCGAUAUUCAUCAUAUGUGGUCUAUGUUGUUUCUUCUAUCUGCUUGGAGUGUGGCAAAGAAGUGGGUUUGGCAAGGGAGACAGCAUAGCCUUGGAGGUGACAAGGUCUACCACAGACUGCAAUGUAUUGACAAACCUUAAUUUUGAGACCCAUCAUGGUGGUCAGCCUGGCAGUGGUGAUGAUGACUCUGACUCAAACAUGAAAAAGGAGAUUAAACCUUGUCAUCCUCGUUACACGGAUUACACUCCGUGCCAAGAUCAAAACCAUGCCAUGAAAUUCCCUAGGGAAAACAUGAUCUACAGAGAAAGGCACUGCCCUCCUCAAGAAAAGAAGUUGCAUUGCCUUAUUCCUGCACCGGAAGGGUACGUUACUCCGUUUCCAUGGCCAAAGAGCCGCGACUAUGUCCCCUAUGCUAAUGCACCUUACAAGAGCUUGACAGUUGAGAAGGCCAUUCAGAACUGGAUUCAGUAUGAGGGGAACGUCUUUAGGUUUCCAGGAGGCGGGACGCAGUUCCCUCAGGGAGCUGAUAAGUAUAUCGAUCAGCUUGCUUCAGUCAUCCCUAUCGAAAAUGGGACUGUUCGGACUGCAUUGGACACUGGUUGCGGGGUUGCAAGUUGGGGUGCUUAUCUAUGGAAGAAGAAUGUGAUAGCAAUGUCAUUUGCCCCUCGAGAUUCACACGAGGCACAAGUUCAGUUCGCCCUGGAAAGGGGUGUCCCUGCUGUCAUCGGUGUUCUAGGGACUAUCAAGAUGCCUUAUCCCUCUAGAGCCUUUGAUAUGGCUCAUUGUUCUCGUUGUCUAAUUCCAUGGGGGGCUGCUGAUGGAAUCCUAAUGAUGGAAGUUGACCGGGUUCUUAGACCUGGAGGCUACUGGGUGCUCUCUGGCCCUCCUAUCAAUUGGAAGGUCAACUACAGAGCUUGGCAACGCCCUAAAGAUGAACUCCAGGAAGAACAGAGGAAAAUUGAAGAGGUUGCUAAACUUCUAUGCUGGGAAAAGAAGGCUGAGAAGGCUGAAAUUGCAGUUUGGCAGAAGAGGAUGGAUGCUGAUUCGUGCCGCGUGGCACAAGAGGAUUCUAGAGCUGCAUUUUGCAAUUCUGCAGAUCCAGAUGAUGUUUGGUAUGUCGUUGGAACUCAUGUCUUGUAUAAGAAGAUGGAGCCAUGCAUUACUCGAUCACCAAAUGCGAACAUAGACGAGCACCUGAAGCCAUUCCCCGAGAGACUGAAUUCUAUUCCCCCGAGAAUUGCUAGUGGAUUGAUUUCAGGAGUGUCAGCGGAGGAAUACCGAGAAGACAAGAAAAUGUGGAAGAAACAUGUGAGUGCUUAUAAAAGAAUCAACAAAAUCCUUGAUUCCGGAAGGUAUCGUAACAUAAUGGAUAUGAAUGCUGGAUUGGGAGGUUUUGGUGCAGAGCUUACAUCUCCAAAGAUGUGGGUUAUGAAUGUUGUGCCCACAAUAGCUGAGAAGAACACUUUGGGCGUUAUAUAUGAACGUGGAAUGAUUGGCAUCUACCAUGACUGGUGUGAAGCCUUCUCCACGUAUCCGAGGACCUAUGAUCUGAUUCAUGCUAAUGGACUCUUCAGCUUAUACAAGAAUAAGUGUGAAUAUGAAGACAUUCUUAUAGAGAUGGAUAGGAUCUUGAGGCCAGAAGGGGCAGUGAUCAUCAGGGACGAAGUCGACGUGCUUGUAAAGGUGAAGAAGAUAAUUGGUGGCAUGCGGUGGGACUUCAGAUUGAUAGACCACGAAGACGGUCCCCUCAUCCCAGAGAAAAUCCUUGUUGCAGUCAAACAGUAUUGGACUGUGGGUGGGACCAACUCUACUAUCAGUGUAACACAAUGAGGAAAAAGGAAGUUGGCAACCCUUUGAGCAGCUAGAAAGACAGAGGGGGGGGGGGGUGAUUAUACAAGCAGUUUGAUGGUAAAAAUCCCCUUCCAUUCGUUUUUACCACACGAAGCUUUGCUCCACAAGGGGAUUCGUUCGUCAAUGGAGCACGCGGGCUAUGGUGGU